AUGCCAUCACAAAGAAAAACAACGGCCCCUAGUCCCCAGCAGGCCUUAAGUGGUCAAGGGGUGCCAAGAAUCUCUGGGAAGUAUGCAAUAGCGGAGGGAUGUUGCAGAAAAAUUCAGAAUGGCCCCUCUAUGGUACUUAGACUUGGAACGCUCAAUGUUGGAUCACUGACUGGCCGCAGCAUGGAAAUCGCAGAAAUGCUCGAGCGUAGAAGGAUUGACAUCUGCUGCCUUCAGGAAACCCGAUGGAAAUCGAAUGGUGUCUGUCAUGUCAACUCAGACAAAGAAAAAUAUAAACUAUUCUGGAAUGGUCAAAAGACGGCCAAAAAUGGUGUUGGAAUUUUUGUCAGAAAACUGCUAGCCCAAGAAGUACUGGAUAUUAAAAGGAUUAAUUCACAGCACAUAAGCAGCAUCAAGAGGACAAUUAGCAGUCAAAUAAGCAUGUGGAAGGCAGUGUGUUUGUUUGCAUCUAAAUAUCCAUUGUUUAUUGAUGUAAAUUUCUACGGACAAGGGAAGACUGAGGUAGCUAUCAGCCUUUGCAAGACUAGUGUGUAA